ACACGUUGCAUACGUUUGUUCAGUACCGUUAUACAACCAAGGUACGUAUUUCUCAGGUAUGCAUUAUUCUCACUCACGUAUCUUUUUUAGUACUUAACAACGUGUGCGGUCAUCUCCCUCCUCGACACCAUGGCUUCGCUCUCAGCUGGUAAAGAGGUGCAUGAGGUCUCGGAGGUCAAGCCUAGGGCCAAGAUAAUGUGGGGCCGCACGCACUACGACCGCUACCUGCUCCCGUGCGUCGCCGAGUUCUUCGGCACGGCACUUUUCGUCUUCUCGGGCUGCGCCUCAGUAAUCGAGAACUCUGCAGGCACGGGUCGCCUGCAGCCCGCUGUGGCACACGGCCUGGCACUCUCCAUCUCCAUCGCAAUCACGGCCGGAAUCAGUGGCGGCCACAUGAACCCUGCUGUGACCUUAGGGGUCACUGUGGCAGGCGGCCUGAAGCUCAUCAUGCUCUUCCCCUAUUGGGCAGCUCAGUUCUGUGGAGCCAUAGUGGGCGCCGGCUUUGCCAGGGCUGUGGCCUCCUCGCACGAGAGCUUUGUGAAUGCGUCUGGCGGAGCCUUUGAUGCCAUUAAGGCCGAUCAUCAGGUGGGCGUAGCUCUGCUUGCGGAGGGGAUCAUGACGUUCUUCCUGGUGCUGUCGGUGUGCCUGAGUGCAGUGAACCGUCAGAGCAAAACGCCCCUCGCCCCCUUCUGCAUCGGCCUCACACUCUGCGUCGGCAUCCUGGGAGCUGGGGCGGUCUCUGGUGGCUGUCUGAAUCCGGCCCGAGCCUUCGGUCCAGCCGUGGUGGCUAAGCACUGGCCCUACCACUGGGUCUACUGGGUUGGCCCUCUGGCUGCUGGGCUGCUGGUCGGCAUUGUGCUCAGGACUUUGUUGGGUGACCCCCGCACAAGACUGACCUUCAGAAAGAGAGAGCCUUCUUCCUGAACAAAACCUAUCGUUUGACUCAGUCUUCAUCCCAUUCAAUUGAACUCAUUAUUUUGAAAUUUGCUAUCAUAUGAAAGGUGCAAGGCAUAUGAAAGGUUCAGGUACACUUGAGAGUUUGUACUGUAUGUAAUCACAUGUUGAAACAGUUGAUACACGCAAAAAAAGGGGGAAAUACAUGUAAAUAGUAAGUAUGAAUGUACCAGUAGGUGGAAUAUUUAGCUAUGUUUACGGUGUUGUUAGUUUAUUUGUUUGUUUGGAAAUGUAUUUGUUUCUCAGAAGAUUACUGUGUACAUUACUAGAUUAUUUAUGCUCUUAACUAAAAUGUGGAUGGCUCUAAUAUUGUUCAAUGACUAACUUUUUCUUUAAUCUAUUAGCAAUAUUAAAUCUUAAUCAUUGU